AGCGAAACUCCUGUUGUUAUGUGGAGACAAUUGACAUACCAAUGAUGUGUCAUAACUGAGCACACUCGACAGGAAACAGGGCUUCACUGUUACUGGUGCAACGACGUGUACUUAUAGUAGUUGUCCACGCCUUACCCCCAAUAUAGGUGCAGGAGAUCGUUCGUUUAGAAGGCAUUGAGCCCUUACAUACUUUCCAUUUUCUUCAGUAUCAACAAAACGUGAGCCUUGUCGUGUUCCAGCUGUCACUGUCAUUGACAGUCUGGAACAUAAUGUGAAAGAUAAUGCCCUGUUAGCACUAUCCCUUGUUAUCAUUUUGGCUUCGUGAGACCAUGGAUGACUUCCUGCCACAUGCUCCAACGUACGGCAGUACUAAUGGUGUCGCCGAGUCGCCGUAUGUCGAUGAAGAGGCUCUGAAGAGGAGUGAUGCUGCAGACUGCAGGUCUGGGCCUGCGAGUGUGAACAGCCCUCCUCAAUCAGGGAGGGAAAGGCUUUUGAGUCGGUUUUGCUCUUCAUAUAUUUCAAGAAGAGCCGUCAAGCCAUGCGAAACGUGUCAGGGUACUGGAUAUCUCUCUGCAGAUUCCUCCGAGUUGGUCGCACUAAUUCCUCAUGGAGACAGCCGCCUGAAGCCUAACUAUACUAAGCACUACAUUGCCUUAGCCGUGUUGGUAUGUGUGGUCAUAGCUACGAUACUCACUGUCUUCUUGUUCCCUCGCUCAACAACUCUCAACUUUAAAACAGCAUUGCUGAGUUCUCACCCGGUUAAUGGAUCGCUCUUACAUCUUAAUCUUCAGGCGCGGCUGAACGUGUCUAAUCGCAACUAUCUGCCACUGACCAUUGGGAAACUGAAUCUGAUUAUCUCUGAAGAGGAGAAUCUUGCAGUAACACUGGACUUUAACCAUUCUGAGGUUAUUCCAUCUCGCCAAGCUAAGGUGAUAAUACAGAACUUCACGAUACCCAUAACCACCCCGCAUACUGUGGUGAUGUGCACAAUAGCAGAAUACACGAUGAUAUUUAUACGAACAAGAUUGACCGUGGGCACGGUGUUCUUGGGGUCAGCAUCACAACUCACCAGUACCUACUUCCACUACUAUGAUUGCCAUGCAUCAAUUGCACCGUUAUCACAGCAACUCCGUAGACCUUCCACCACAGUGCCUAGCAGUACAGGUGUUGAGGCAGAGGAUGUCUUGAGUGGGGAUUGAAGACAUGAAUGGCCAUCUCCGGUGACUUUUAGGCUGUUCAUUACUUCACUAUGAAAAACAAUUCCGUGUCCAUGAGCCUCCAAUCCAAUUUCUAUGCAUGAUAUCAUUGCUAUUGUAGCUGUGGGUGUUGUACAUCUGCUAGUAUCGGACUACACAUACUCCCCCUGAUCGUACGUACCGACCAACCAUGAUGAAACAUAAGGACUUUCUCAAAACUCCUUUGACAUAUUCGUUUUUCUCGCAUUCCUGCAGUGGCAUAAUGCGUCAACCUACACACAAGUACAAUGUGUAGGUACAAGUAGCAACAGCCUGUUGUUGGCUUGUAAGAAAGAACUUCCUGACGGAGCAGUGCUGGUAACUGUGCUAUUUGGAACACACGCACACACUUGUACAAACACAUUUCUUUUUUUUUAUUCCAUCAUAAUUAUAAUCCACUAUUCACAGCAUAUACAUGUAGUAUUAUUCCACUGUGAAAAAUCAUUAUGAUUGAAAAUGAUUUAUCAUAUUGAAGCUAUCAAAGGUUCAAUGCUGAG